GAGAGCGGAGAUCGAGAGCAAAGAGCGAGAGCGAGGGAGAGGAGAGGAGAGGAGAGGGAGAGAGGGAGGGAGGAAAGACUCACGCAAGCACAGGCACACCGGCACUGGAAUUCCAUUAGAAAAAAGUGAGCCGAGCAAGGGAUAGCGGGAGAAGAUUUUUUUUUUUUUUUGAAUCUUUUUCUUCGUCUUGGUGCCAAAGAAGCUACUCUGGUCUCCCGUCCUAGAAGCUCCUACUGGAUUGCUCUCAUCCGUCGGUGGAUUUCUUUCCUAUUUGCAUUUAUUCUGACCCCCUCCCUCGCUGCUUUCUUCCAGCCCUUCACUUUCAGAUUGCCUCGCCCCCACCUCUCCAGUCCCCUCCUGGGAAGUGCAGGGGAAUUGGACCCACGGGGACUCUCGCCUUCCCGGACGCGAGAGCGAAGGGCUGGGCUGACCUCAGGACCGGGCUGUUGGCUUAGAAGGCAGCCAGACACAUAGCUACGUGUGUUUGAUUUCAGUGGCAAGGGGGGGGACGUCGAGAGGCAGCCCACCGCCCGCCUCCCACCCCUCCCCCUCCAGCCAGCAGCGAGAAUCCCUGGACUCGGGAUCUUCAACCGGCGGCCGCCCGGCGGGAUCUCCGCAUUGGAUUUGGGGGUCGUUAUCAUUGCUUGGCUGUUAUUAUUAUCGUUGUUAUUUUAUUUUUAAUUUUUUAAACCUAAGGGAAAAAGACACAUACACACAAAACUGUGGGAUUUAUUUAACAUGAUCUUGGCAAACGCCUUCUGCCUCUUCUUCUUUUUAGACGAAACCCUCCGCUCUUUGGCCAGCCCUUCCUCUCUGCAGGGCUCUGAGCUCCACGGCUGGCGCCCCCAAGUGGACUGUGUCCGGGCCAAUGAGCUGUGUGCGGCUGAAUCCAACUGCAGCUCCAGGUACCGCACCCUUCGGCAGUGCCUGGCAGGCCGGGAUCGCAAUACCAUGCUGGCCAAUAAGGAGUGCCAGGCGGCCCUGGAGGUCUUGCAGGAAAGCCCACUGUAUGACUGCCGCUGCAAGCGGGGCAUGAAGAAGGAGUUGCAGUGUCUGCAGAUCUACUGGAGCAUCCAUCUGGGGCUGACGGAGGGUGAGGAGUUCUACGAAGCUUCCCCCUAUGAGCCUGUGACCUCGCGCCUCUCGGACAUCUUCAGGCUCGCUUCAAUCUUCUCAGGGACAGGGGCAGACCCGGUGGUCAGUGCCAAGAGCAACCACUGCCUGGAUGCCGCCAAGGCCUGCAACCUGAACGACAACUGCAAGAAGCUCCGCUCCUCCUACAUCUCCAUCUGCAACCGCGAGAUCUCUCCCACCGAACGCUGCAACCGCCGCAAGUGCCACAAGGCCCUGCGCCAGUUCUUCGACCGUGUGCCCAGCGAGUAUACCUACCGCAUGCUCUUCUGCUCCUGUCAGGACCAGGCAUGCGCCGAGCGUCGCCGGCAAACCAUCCUGCCCAGCUGUUCCUAUGAGGACAAGGAGAAGCCCAACUGCCUGGACCUGCGCAGCCUGUGUCGUACAGACCACUUGUGCCGGUCCCGCCUGGCAGACUUCCACGCCAACUGUCGGGCCUCCUACCGGACAAUCACCAGCUGCCCUGCGGACAACUACCAGGCAUGUCUGGGCUCCUAUGCUGGCAUGAUUGGGUUUGAUAUGACACCGAACUAUGUGGACUCCAACCCCACAGGCAUCGUGGUGUCUCCCUGGUGCAAUUGUCGUGGCAGUGGCAACAUGGAAGAAGAGUGUGAGAAGUUCCUCAAGGACUUCACAGAAAACCCAUGCCUCCGGAAUGCCAUUCAAGCCUUUGGCAAUGGCACAGAUGUGAACAUGUCUCCCAAAGGCCCCUCAUUCCCAGCUACCCAGGCCCCUCGGGUAGAGAAAACUCCUUCACUGCCAGAUGAUCUCAGUGACAGUACCAGCCUGGGGACCAGUGUCAUCACCACCUGCACAUCUAUCCAGGAGCAAGGGCUGAAGGCCAACAACUCCAAAGAGUUAAGCAUGUGUUUCACAGAGCUCACGACAAAUAUCAGCCCAGGGAGUAAAAAGGUGAUCACACUUGACUCAGGCUCCAGCAGAGCCAGACUGUCGGCUGCCUUGACUGCCCUCCCACUCCUGAUGCUGACCUUGGCCUUGUAGGCCUUUGGAACCCAGCAUAGAAGUUCUUCAAGCAACCCAGAUACGAACUCCCGCCUGACAAAAUGGAAACACACACACACACACACACACACACACACACACACA